AUGCCACCUGUUUGGAAGUAUGGUGACAUUCACGGGUUGCCCGAGUCUCCACCAACAACAGUAAGCGCUGUACUUCGAUCAGAAUCAAAACCUGUUGAUGGCGUUGACUGCAGUCUAAACAUGAGAUCUUGGCUCGAGAUCAUCAUACAAAUGUUGGAGUCUGCUAGCUGUGACUGGGAGGUAUACAGCUACAUCAUCGUUCACGUUGGUCCUCAAGUCUCGAACCAGUCGUUGUUUGCAGAGAAUAUCUACGAGAUCAGGUUACUGAGAAAUCUGGUUUGCAGCAAGAUACAGUCUCAAACGAUAUUCAGACCACCAGAGACCUCAAAUUUGCGACAAGGCGACGUGGCUUUGUGUCUGUACCACAUUCUCACGACCUGUAUCGGAUACCAUUGGAACUUCCCCCGAAAGGAGAAUGUUGACACGGUUACGACUCUUGUCAAAGGUCUGACACUAUGGGAUCGCACAACUAUAGCUUGCGUCAACGCACUAACCUUGAGUUGUUACGAGUUGCCAGUUUCGUUGAGUCGAGAUCUUGUCCGCAUUGUGGCGCAGAUGUCCACCAUUGUUACCAAGUCAGACUCGGCAAUUCACGUACUUGAGUUCCUUGCAGGGCUGUCUCGUAUCGAUGAGUUGGUCAACCAAUUUCAUGGUGACGAGAUUAAGACCGUCUUUGGUGUAUGCACCAGUUACAUCGACUAUGCCAGAGGCAAGAAGUUCGAUGAACAGAAUCGCGCAAGACCAACAGGGCCACCUACCAGAAAUGGCUCGAUCGUGGAUAGUAACCACCGACCUUCUACUGAAGAUAUCCCGCAGUAUGUCUUUGCGCUCAGUUAUCAUGUCCUCACUUUCUGGUUCCUCGCUCUGAGCAAAGAGGAUCAGAAGAGACACUUCCCGUGGAUGGAGCAGAGACUGCUCUCCCCCGACCAAUCCGGGCAGGUGCUCGACGAAGCCAUCGUCACUGUUGACCAUAUCUGGCGAGUUACAGAAGGCAAGGAUGUCGUGAAACCACUCCCUCUGGAACUUAGUACGACGAGCGACUCAUCAGCAGAUCCAAUCACGCAAACGUGGGCCUCGGAGUACUGUAUCCUGACGAUAAAGUGCCACCUCGACAAUGGACUCGUCGAAAUCACCGAACGAAGGAGUUCCGGCACUGACGAGAGCCACUUUGUCUAUGCCGGCGCAGACCCUCUGACCCCGGACUUGAUAUACCGCGAACGCUUUGCCGCAACCAUAAAUGGAAACUUCAAAAGCGAUUUGGAAGUCGUCAUUCUACCCACCAACGACGCCACUCGUCGUGCCCUAGGUAUCUUUGACCGCAUCUCGCCCAUCGAUUUCUUCAAAGCAGGCGUCAUCUACAUGGGCGAAAACCAAACUCGCGAAGAUGAAAUCCUCGCCAAUGUUUCCGGCUCCCCAGACUACAACCUCUUUAUCUCUGGUUUAGGUACUCGGGUCUCCCUCGCCAACAACCGCGAAAACAUGGCUGGCUUGGAUACCUCCGAAGGCAUGUUUGACGGCAGAAGCACACUAAGGCACUCCGACACAAUAACUACUCUAAACUACCACGUCACCACCAUGAUGCCCACGAACCGCGACACAGAUCCCCAAUGCACGCGCAAAAAAUCUCACAUUGGCAACGACUAUGUGAACAUCAUUUUCAACAACUCAGGCCUCGAGUUUGACUUUGACACUUUCCCCUCGGCCUUCAACUACGUUUACAUCGUCGUCGUCCCUGAAGCACGUCAAACCUUCAUCCAAACACGCACUCGCUUGCACAACACUGGUUGGUUUGAAGACUCAUGGUUUAAAGUGCGUGUGCUUACUCGCCAUGAUUUCCCGGACAUCUCGUCAGCGGCUGAGACAGUGGUUGUCAGUGGAGCUGCGUUAAGUGCGUAUGUGAGGAAUUUGGCAUUGAACGCGGAGGAGUUUUGUAGGGUUUGGGGAAACAGGGGGAUGGGAGAGUUGCCGAGUACGUGGAGGUCAAGGUUACAGCAGAUCAGGAUGUUGAGGGAGAGAAAUGUACCGAAAAAGGAGUAG